UUCGUAUUUGUGACUCUAUGUUUACAUAGUCGGUUUUUGUAGUUACACUUGGCGUUUUUUAUUCUUCGAUGCAAAUUGUAUGGAAAGGAGCUACCGGGGUCCUGUAUCCUUUUUUGGGUGCUCGGUUCUCGUAGUCUCGCGCAGACAUUCGUCGGUAUCGGUUGAGAUUGCUUUUAGGAGGUUGUCCCUCGUGAAAAUUGGAGGCCUCUGCAAUUUUUCUUGGAUUUUUAUCUAGUCAAAGCAUUUAGAAGAUUAAAUUACAAAAUGAGUGAAAUUAUGAUAGGAGGAAUUUAAAAAAGUGCCAUAGUCUAGGAUAAGGUUUAAUUCGGGAUCGAAAAUUAAUCGAUUUCUCGGAGGAAAAUUGGGCGGCCAUUUUGGAUUUCCAUUCGGGUCAAGAAGGCGAUAUAAUUCUUCUUGCGAGGUGACUGCCGAAGAGUUGUCGCAUUGAAGCCAAAAGAUGGUGGAGUAGAGCGAUAGAUGUGUAUCUGCUGGGAUCCGAGUGCACAUGGUGCUUUAAAAUUUGGGCAUUCGAUCAAAGGUGGCGCGUCGCGUAGCAUGUCAAACUAUCGUUCGGGAGCACUUUUGAAUGUUUAAAGUUUUGGUUUGAAUUUGUGAAGUGUAGUGUUUUUGUGAUUGUGUUAUGAGAAGAAAAUCUACGAUAUUUCCCAAUAUGGCAAGCGGAAGUAACGCUGCAACGGUUAUUACUUCCAAUGAACAUUACGAGGACCAUGGGGACCAAAACUCGUUGGUCAUUCGUCAGUUGAAGCGAAAGCACAGUGAGGAAAGCUUUCAAGGGUAUCACUAUCAUGAUCCGAAUCAAUCGAUCCAAAAAAUUCGCAAGGACAACCACCUGGUGCAGUUGCAAUCGUCGCCGCCAGAAGUUCAAGACCACGAGUUUCACGGGUUUGGCCAAGCUUUUCAUGAGCCUCAGGAAUUUCACGUGAUUUCCGCAAGCGAUGGCAAUAAUAAUCAAAAUCACGCGCAUCAGGAGCAACAACAACUGGAAUAUAUCUACGAAGUAUCCAGUGAAGGAAACGUGAUUCCUGUACCACAUUCUCAACUUAUCGAGCAUUCGCACGAGAUUUCCUCUUCCGGUAAUGGGAUAGUGCUCACCGAUAUCAGCUCGUCGACUUGGACCAGCACCCAAGAGCUGAUAGAAUUGGACCGGAAGGCAGCUCUCACCAUCCAGACGGACACCCACAACAGCUUCCCUAUCGCUAGUGCCGAUCUACAUCAUCAUCAUCAUCAACUCCAACAACAAACCCCACAUCAUCAUCAUCAACAAAAUCAUCACCAGCAACAUCAUCAUGCUCACCAUAGUCAACACGAGCAAAAUUUUCAUGUGGUCCAUCAACAUCUACAGCCACAAUACUCCAACAAUCACCACAUCCAUCAGCAUCCAAACUCGCACCACUCCAAGGCCCAAGAGCUAUCAAUAGUAACUUCCGGUAGCUGUCAAAGGAUCCAAACCAUCACCUGUGCCGCUGCUGCCCAUUCAACCCCUUCCAGCAGCAAUGUCCUUAAUGGAGCAGGAGGAUCAUCAGCCAGCGGGAACGGUGCCGUCGGCAAUUCAACGCGUAGGGCUCCUCAAUCAGGAACCCCGGAAACACCGGAAGACAUCGAGGACAAAAACCUGUCCUGGCUGUUCAACUUCAAGCUGGAAGAUCUUCCCCAUCUGUCUCCGGAGGCAAAGCGGAAGCAAGCUCCCCGGAACAGCGUUCCUGUCGGGUCAGCCUCAGCCUCAAGCUCCACGGCUGGCAACGUCAGCUUAACACCCGCUGCGGCCGCAAUGGGAAUUCAAUCCCUGGAUCAUCACCCGGUCGAAGUAGCGGCCGAACAUCCCUCCUUGCCGGUUUUGAUUGAGGAGGAUGAAAUGAGUGCGGUCGCCGAGAAUGUUACCAUCGAAAAUACCAGCACGACCAAAGUGACUAAGAAACCUCCCUUCACGUAUACCGAAUUGAUUGAGUACGCUCUGGAAGACAAAGGAGAGCUGACGGUUUCCGGAAUCUAUCAAUGGAUAUCAGACCACUUCCCGUUCUACAAAUCUAACGAUGACCGGUGGAAAAACUCUGUCCGUCACAACUUGUCGAUAAACCCGCACUUCCGGAAGGGGAACAAAGCACCCCAAGGAGCAGGUCACCUAUGGACAAUAUCAAGCAGAGAUUCAGAAGCCAACUACCUUGCCUGGGAACAUAAACGCCAACGGUUAGAGCUGUUUUUCAAAAUGGAGGCGGCGAACAACUCGAAAAACCAAAGGGAUCCGCCACCGGGAUCUCCUAGUCAGGAGGAAAUUGCUGCAGCGACCGCCAGUUUAGCGCAAUACGAACCCCAUUCUCCACCUAAUGGCGCAGAUUCGGCGCAAUCCGGUCACCACCAUAUGGGCGGAGCGGGUCAGCAACAGCACGGUCAACCACUCUAUGCCAACAAUAGUAGUCAUCAGUUCGAGGUGAUCCAAGGUGAGGAGUUGAAGCGAUCGGCUGGGGAAAUUUUGAACGGUAUCCGACGGAACGUCGAGGUGCAGAUUGUUCAUCCGAUCAAUUCCGCUAACAACUUCCAGGCGUACGCGCUACUGGACUCAGACUACUAUCUUGCGGACUACCUGAAUCCGGUAUCCAAGGAAGAAAUCGUGCAAGAGUGCGGGCUCCGGUCAGCAACUUCCGGGGGCGGACAGCGGCCAACGAGCGGACCGGAUGGCGCUGCAACAGCCGAUUACUACAUCACCACGAUCGACCCGAUCGAGCUGGGCAUUAACAUGAGCUCAGGCCAGGACGAAGACCAGAUACUGUUCGAGGAUGAUUUCAAUCUCAACUACUUUGGCAACAACAUUAUGACAUGACGUCGAGCGCUACAGCACCAGCAACAGUCGCACCUUCAACAGAUUCAAAUUCUUCCGGAACCGUCGGCACAAGCUUCCGGAGAAGAGCCAUUGGUCGGAAUGGCCUCCGGAGUAGAAGUUGAAUUUCUCGCCAUACCAAGUGACGAAACGGUAUGCGGGUUAAAGAAUUAGGUAGAAUUUGAACGAUGCAACGUGUUUUCUUACCGUCUCAUCUAGUCCAUUGCAUGUAUGAAUGCAUCAAAGCAAUAAUGAGAAUUUUAUUUUUGUUCGUGUGAAUCGUGUUACUUAUACGAAUAUUAAUUUCUGUAGUGAUAAUCAAGUAAGGGCAAAUGAAUGAUCCAUUCAAAAGAAAAAAAAAAUCAUGUAAAUACUGCUAUAAACUUUAGUGUAGCCAAUAAACUACGUAGCUGAAAUAUAAACCAAACAAAAAACAACAUGAAAAUGAUGCUAGUCAAUAGUAAAAUAAAUGUAUUUUGCAAAAGAUUUUUGCACCGAAAGACGAAUGCGGGAAUCGAUAGAAGACUUCUUGUUAUUACAACGGUAAAAUGCAAUCGAAUACAGCAAUAUCAUAAUCCCAGUUUCCAACCAGCCAGUGUUGUAUGAUGUACAAAACAGUCUCUAAAUAAAUGGCCUUAUUUA